AUGUGAUACUGUCUAUUAAUAGUGAUUUUGUUUGCCGAAGUCCAAAAAUUCAAGUCAACACAGGAACAGGAACUCUUAAUAAAGGCAACACGGGUAUAGAGAAAGCCAAGUAACAAAUAACCCAGUUAGUUUCUUCUCAGUCCUGACUGAGAUGCUUAAAUUUGGAGGGUUGUCUCUUAUAUGGAAGUUGCGCAAAUCGGAGGUCCAAUAGUCCACUAUUCCCAGCCAGACGACUUCAUAUGCCGGCGUGAGUCUGCCGUCUCGCUCGGUCGAUUGUAAAGCGACGCCAACACAGAAGUAGACCGGGAGAGUCCAUAAUCAAUGUUUCCUUUAAUUCACAUUAGUUCUCCCUAUUUCUUUUGAUUGGAACAUUAAUGUAGCUACCGAGCGUAUUUGUAUAGCUCGCUGGAGAAAUGUUUCGUGUUCCAAUCAGUCUAUUUCUUAUGACGUAUCUCGUCGUUGGUUAUGCAGCCAAUCGGGUGCCUGAAUUGUGGCUACAGAUACGCGAUUGGACGUGUAUCAGAAACCCGGAAAAGAAGCGCCUCAACGUGACGUUGCUGUGAAAAAAACAUUUCAAGCAGAACGUCUCAUUGUUUUGCCGCGAAACAAAACCACGGUUAUUAACAAGGGACUUUUAAUACCUUGACUAGUGUGACAUUCUAACUAUAAUUUUUUUUCAUCGUCAUCUGGCAGGCAAGAUCUACUUGGCGGCGACCCAAUUUUGGCCGACACCUGCCAUACCAGAUGACUUGAGUCCACGUCAAAACAGGGGGAAACUGUACCAAAGACAAAGCAAUGGAGUCACCAGUGUGCCAGGAAGGCCGAACCUUUGUGGAGGUGAUCAAUGAAAAGUACAGCCCGGAGAAUUUUCCGUGUCGUCGAGGUCUUGGAAUGGGGGUGGUGGUGGUGCCCACUGCAUGUCCCCAAGGGUCCCCCAUGAAAGACCGCCUGAACUUGCCCAGUGUCCUGGUGUUGAAUGGAUGUGGAAUCAGCAAGGCAGGUGACCAAAGUGAAAUUGCAGCCUUUUGUGCCCAUGUCAUGGAGCUGGACCUGUCCCACAACAAGCUGCAGGACUGGCAUGAGAUCGGUAAAAUUGUGUCAAACAUCCCCAAUCUGGAUUUUCUUAAUCUGAGCUCCAACCCGCUAGGAGGGAUGACGCUUGAGCCACAGUGCGCUGAAGCAUUUUCUCGGGUCCGACGUCUCGUCCUCAACAACACCCAAGUGUGCUGGGACACUGUGAUGCUGCUCACCCCAGCCAAUCGCACGCCAGGUCUUAAUCGAUGGGAAGACAUUGAAAAGCUCAACUUCUUUCCUAAGCUGGAAGAAGUGCGAUUACAAGGAAUCCCCUUACUGCAGACGUACACAAAUGAGGAGCGGCGCAGCCUGAUGAUAGCGCAGCUUCCCUCGAUAUCACUGCUGAAUGGAAGCGUUGUAACUGAAAGUGAGAGAGAAGAUGCUGAGAGGUUCUUCAUCCGUUACUACUUGCACUGUCCCGAGGAGGAGCUCCCUCACAGAUACCAUUGUCUGGUAAACAAGUACGGGAAGUUGGAACCUCUGGCUGAGAUCGAUCUCCGACCACGCUGCCAUGCGCAAGUUGAGGUUCACUGCGAAGAAAAAGUGGAACAGCUCAACAUCCGUUUAGACCAGACGGUGGCCGAGCUGAAGAAGCAGCUGACGUCAGUGGUGCAGCUGUCCACCAGCAGCAUGAGGCUGUAUUAUAUCAACAAGAGCAGCGCUUUUGGCCCGGAUGAGCUCAAGUACAACACGCGAGCUCUUCACUCCUACAAUAUCCAAGAUGGUGAUGAGAUACUUGUUGUGCCCAAGACCAAGUGAACCGUUGGCUUCCAGACUGUACGGUUCAUUGGAUUAAUUGUGGAUUGCUGAACCGGCAUUGGAAAAUGAUGACAACAAAGUGUGUAUCUCAUUGCUCUGGAGCCUGCGUGAUAACAUGAAAAGUCAAAACGAAGAUGAGUUUCAUCCUGGUCUCUCAGCAGUGGAUCACAAGUGGGCUACUGGGAUUCCACUCUGGAUAGAAUUAUGUCUUUAUUUACUGUAUUUUGUUUAGGUUAGGGCAUCCACGAGGUGCAGCAAAUGGAGGAGAGCGCGAGAGAGAAAACUUGCAGGCAGCUCGAAGCUUCCAAUGGGAUCUCACUACUGCACAUUUAUCUGUGCACAAAUGCACCACAACUGCACCGGCGAGUACACAACACUACUUGAUUGGCCAAUAGUGGCAAAAGCUACAGUGAACCAUCAAGAGGCAACGCUGCUGAGUGGAACCAAUAAUACAACAUCAUCUGCGUAGGGAAAGUGUUGAGAAUAUUGGUUCCCAGUUGUCCAAUUGUGACUUAAAUAACAACUGAUACACAUCAUCUUGA